CGUAUGCGUGUGCUAUAAUUAAAUACGUGGUCAGUUCUCCGUCCCAGCUAUAGGUGGUCAGUACUACUUGUCUUCUACGGUCUCCUGUGACAAACAUGGAAGGCAACAACAACGAAGUGACACUCGAAACUGUCAAAAAAGCUGCCAGUACGUUGUCUGAUCAUGUCAUUCGGACUCCGGUACAAACUUGUGACACUCUGGACUUGCUGUCGGGAAGAAGACUCUUCUUUAAGUGCGAGAAUUUCCAAAAAUCGGGUUCUUUUAAGUUCCGUGGGGCUUGUCACGCUCUGUCCAGACUGGUCAGUGCAAAUGGAACAACUCCACACCGACUGCAAGUGGUCGCGGGCAGCACCGGUAACUUCGCGUGCGGACUGGCCAUGGCGGCUGAGCUCUUCGGUGUCACGGCACACGUGGUCAUGCCAAACAACUCACCUGAGUGCAAGAGACAGACGGCGCUGUCGUACGGCGCCGAUCUGACUCUCUGCGAACCCACAGCACAGGAUAUAGCUCAAACUGUGAAACAGGUACAGGAUGUGACAGGAGCGGUCUUCAUCUCAGGCGGAAAUAAUCCUGACGUCAUAUCCGGACAUGGAACUAUGGGAUUGGAACUUCUUCGACAGGUACCUAACUUGGAUGCAGUCGUUAUGCCAGUUGGAACAGGAGGGAUGUUGUCUGGUGUGUCUGUGGCUAUCAAGUCAAUCUGUCCUGAGAUUCGCAUUUACGGAGCUGAACCGGAGGUUGCGAAUGAUGCUGCCAUGUCCCUUAGUAAGGGCGAGCGGUGCACGUUUGCACGCUUCCCACAGAGUAUAGCUGACGGGCUCAAUGGAAACAUCGGGCCAGUUCCCUGGACAUACAUCCAGAGCUAUGUCGACAACAUCUUCACUGUUUCAGAGGACGAAAUAAAGAACGCAACGCGGCUGGUGUGGGAGAAGAUGAAGCUUGUUGUUGAGCCAUCAGGCGCAGUGGGCGUGGCCGCUGUGCUGAGUGACAGCUUCAAGGCACAGGCAGGAGGCUGCAGAAACGUCGCCGUCAUUCUCUCAGGAGGGAACGUCGACCUUCAAGUUGAUAAAUUGUCCGAGUUUCUGUAGAUGUGACUUUUUCUCUGCAUGUUUUAAUAUAUAAAUCAAAGUAUUGGGCAAAGCAUCCCUUAGUAGAUAAAAUAGGAAAUGAGCAAAAAA